AAUUUCUUUGCAAAUAAAGACGUAGGCUCACAGAAUUUCUGUUGCGUUGUGCUAAUGGGAAGACUCCAUAGUCUACGAUAGAACCUUGGCUUGCUAUAUAUACAUAUAUAUAUACAUACACACCGGAACAGUUUUCAUUCUCAACCAUAUGGUGGGGUAAAUUUUUUGUUUUCGUUUUUGUUUCUUUGUUAUAAAUAUUUUCUGUGUCUGUUUUGUAUACUGUUUUUGGGGCAAUAUUUCUCAGCUAUCCAAAAGCUGAGCUAUGAUAACUCAAGCUCCUAGUGAUCAUCAGAACAACAAUUACGUUGGCAAAAAUUGUUGGCUACAAGGGAUCCACAAAACAUUCAAGAUUCCUAGGAUUAGUUGUAUUCCAAAUAUUACCCUUCGAAAUCGAAGGAAUUCCAUCUCAACCGCGGGUGCAUCGAUGAUUCCCUACACCCUCAGGAAGAAGAAAUAAGGAGGCAGAAGCAAAUUGAUGAUUGGCUUCCAAUUACAUCUUCAAGGACUGCAAAAUGGUGGUACUCAGCUUUCCACAAUGUUACUGCUAUGGUUGGAGCUGGUGUCCUCGGUCUCCCUUAUGCCAUGUCAGGGCUUGGAUGGGGUCCUGGCGUGACUGCUCUAGUGCUAUCUUGGAUAAUCACUUUGUACACACUGUGGCAAAUGGUUGAGAUGCAUGAGAUGGUUCCAGGGAAACGUUUUGAUAGAUACCAUGAAUUGGGUCAGUAUGCAUUUGGAGAAAAACUUGGUCUCUACAUUGUGGUGCCUCAACAACUUACUGUUCAAGUAGCUACGAACAUUAUCUAUAUGGUUACUGGAGGAACGUCACUGCAGAAGUUCCAUAACACCGUGUGCCCAAGCUGCAAGAAAAUCAAACUUACUUACUUCAUUAUGAUUUUUUCCUCUGUUCAUUUUGUGCUAUCCCAUUUGCCCAACUUCCACUCCAUCUCUGGUGUCUCUUUGGCUGCUGCAGUAAUGUCCUUGAGUUACUCCACCAUUGCUUGGGGAGCUUCUGUAGAUAAGGGUGUUCAGAAAGAUGUGGAAUAUGGCUACAAAGCCAAGAGUGCUGCAGGAACUGUCUUCACCUUCUUCGGUGCCUUGGGUGAUGUGGUUUUUGCCUAUGCUGGGCACAAUGUGGUCCUUGAGAUCCAAGCAACAAUUCCAUCUACACCAGAGAAGCCAUCCAAGGGUCCAAUGUGGAAAGGAGUCGUUGUUGCCUAUAUAAUUGUUGCUCUGUGCUACUUCCCUGUUGCUCUGAUUGGAUAUUGGACCUUUGGAAAUAAGAUUGAAGACAAUAUCCUAAUCUCAUUGGAAAAACCAGCAUGGCUUAUCGCAAUGGCUAAUAUGUUCGUUGUCAUUCAUGUUAUUGGCGGCUAUCAGAUUUUUGCAAUGCCAGUGUUUGACAUGAUUGAAUCUGCAUUCAUAAAGAAGUUAAAAUUUCCACCCAGCGCAGCGCUUCGUUUCAUUAUACGCAAUGUAUACGUGGCAUUAACGAUGUUCGUAGGCAUUACUUUCCCUUUCUUUGGUGGCCUUCUUUCAUUUUUUGGAGGAUUUGCUCUUGUCCCAACAUCAUAUUAUCUCCCUUGCAUCAUUUGGCUUAUUGUCAAAAAACCAAGGAAGUACGGCUUAUCUUGGUGGACAAACUGGAUCUGCAUUGUGGUUGGUAUACUUUUGAUGAUUCUAGCACCUAUUGGAGGGUUGAGACACAUCAUACUUUCAGCAAAGACCUAUAAGUUUUACUCUUAAACUCAUCUUCACCCAGCUAAACGGUAGUAAGUACAAGAAAUAAGCAAAAUUAUUUAGCAUAUAAAUAAUACAAAAAAACAAGUAGCUGAUAACGACGAUUACGAAGCAAAUGAUCGGUGAUGAUGUUAAGCCAUAGUCAUAUGCAUGACAAAUUAUUUCGACAGUGUUUUUUCAGUAAUCAUUGACACCACACCUGCAGUUUGUAAAUUCGAUCAUAGCCAACUUUAAUGAACUCCAUAUAUACGUUUUAAAGCUUGUUUUGUUAUACAUCUCUUCGUAUGCUUUUUGUAUAUCACCCCCCAUUGUGUUUGUUUUCUGCAGUUUAUUAAUUGGUCACGGUUUGAAAUGUUAGCUCUGCAUUAGACAUUUAUGUAUACCAGCAAAUCUGAGCAGUUUGUUCGCAUUUGAGCAAAGUUUUGUCA